AUGUUUGAAUCUCCAUCAUCAACAUCCGACUUUGACAGUUCAUCGAUCAAUCCGUCAUCACUGAGAGCACGUUUUCGAAGUGCUUUCCGGGGUUUUAAACCAACUUUAUCCUGUUCACCCAGAUCGAAGGAUUCAGAUUUUUCAUCAGAAUUUCUUCCAUCAUCACGAUUCUCAGAUGUUGGAAGUUUGGCAUCAGAAUGGCGUAAUUCAGAUUUGGGUUUCUCGAAAAGCUUAUCUCGGAAGGUACCAAAAGAUAUUGAGGUGGCUAUACAGUUCGUAAUUGAAGUGUUACGGACAGAAAAGUUGGAAAUGUUAGUCGGAAGUGUUAAUGCCAUCUUUGAUUCAGUUGUGACAUUUCUUACAACACUUCGAAAUAAAUCACCGAUAAUUCAAGAUGCAUUAUUUGCAUUCAUAGAUUGGUCAGUAGAGAAUCUGGAUCAAGACGAACAAAAGUUACCAGUUAAUGAUCGUGAAAAUGGUAAACGUUUGGCAUUGGAUUUGCUGAAGAAAAUUGAAGAGCACGAUGACACUACACCAGCACCAAAAAUAAGUUUUGCCUCACAAAGUUCGGGUCGUGAAAGUCCGGAUGCAUCUACAGAUUCAGGCUUUGCCACAGAUUUUGGUAACGAUGCAUCAACCGCUGCAUAUCGUGUAUCAAUGCAUUCAGCCAGUACCAGUGAUGCAGUUGAUAACCAGCAAACAAUUGAUGACUUGCUUAUGCAGCUUAACCUUCGUCAAGUACAAAAAUUUGAACCUGUUUUUCCGACAAUUUUAAACGAUGAUAGCGAUGAAGAUGACAGUUCGCUUAAAAUCGAUGAGGAAAGGGAGGUUCGUGAAGAAAAAAAGGAUUCGAAAACCUGUGAAGAAGAAAUACAACGACUUCCGGACGGUCGUGAAUUACAUACUAGAAAAACCAGAACUUAUAAUAUGAAACAAAGCAGCAAACAUAUUGUUAUAAGAACACAUGGUGGUGGACAGGAUGAAAAAGUACAAAAAUUUGAGGAUGAUGAUAUGAAGUUCAAUGAUGACGUUGAUACAGAUUUCUUUUCACCAAGAAGAACACGUCUUUGGGAUCGUAAUCGACGCGGUUUUGAUGAUGCUUUUGAUGAGCAUAACAAAAGGGAUGAUUUAGAAGAUUUUGAAUUACCACCAGAAAAUGCAACCUCUCAAAAGGUUAAAAAAGUGGAACAUACCAACGCAGUUACUCAGUCAGUGGCCAAAACCGAAAAACGUAAUGGCAAAAUUGUUUCUGAUAAUGCGGCACAUAAACUUGACAAAUGUGAAUUGAAAGCUAAACAGGUGGAAAAUUAUCAGGGCGAUAAACUGCUUAAUCGUCGUGGCGACGGAUAUUACGAAGAGCAAAGCAUCGUUCGUCCAGGUCUUCCCGGCACUUCAUCUACUGAACAGUCUACCGAGGUAUCCACAGUUUUGCCAAAAAAGCGUCACGUCGUCGAAUACAUGCAGACAUUUGGUAGCGAAAAUGAGGAGCAGGAAGAUUUCUUUAAAGCAUCAACUUUAGCAUCAUAUAUUUUGUUAAACGAUAAUUUACGUUUUCAAGAGGAACAAUUCAAGAAGAAUGUGCAGUUUAAAUUUUCUGUUACCGGUAUGUUUGUUAUUUAUAGCAUUAAUCAGUUUGCUGUUUAUAUUAACUGUUUGUUGUAA